AGGAGCUUUUUCAGAAGACAAGAAGGAUUCUCCUUUUGGGUCACCUACCAUUGGCCACAUGGCUGCCAUGCAGAUGGACCCUGACCUAGCCAAGCACCUCUUCUUUGAAGGGGCCACUAUGGUCAUCCUGAAUGUGCCCAGGGGGACCGAGUUUGGCAUUGACUAUAACUCCUGGGAGGUAGGACCCAAGUUCCGGGGUGUGAAGAUGAUCCCACCAGGUGUCCACUUUCUUCACAACAGUUCAGUGGACAAAGCCAAUCCUACGGAUGUGGGUCCUCGUAUGGGCUUCUUUCUUAGCUUGCAGCAGCAAGGGCUGACAGUCCUGUGCUGGAAUGCUCUCCUGGAAGAGGUAGACUUGUCCCCAGCCCCAGAAGCUGAAGUGGAAGCUAUGAGGGCCAAUCUCCAGGAGCUGGACCAGUUUCUGGGACCUUACCCAUAUGCCACACUCAAGAAAUGGAUCUCACUCACCAAUUUUGUCAGUGAGGCCACAAUGGAGAGGCUGCAGCCUGAAAGCCGGCAGAUCUGUGCCUUCUCAGAUGUGCUGCCUGUAUGACAAAUGAAGCACACCAAGGCCCGGGUGGGGCAGAAUCUACCUCUCUGUGGCACUGAGUGCAAAAGUUAUCAGGAGGGCCUAGCUCGGCUGCCUGAGAUGAAGCCCAGAGCUGGGACAGAGAUCCGCUUCUCAGAGCUACCCACACAGAUGUUCCCAGCAGGUGCUACACCAGCAGAGAUAACCAGGCACAGCAUGGACUUGAGCUAUGCACUGGAGACUGUGCUCAGCAAGCAGUUCCCCAGCAGCCCCCAGGAUGUGAUCGGUGAACUCCAGUUUGCCUUUGUGUGUUUCUCGCUGGGCAAUGUAUAUGAGGCAUUUGAGCACUGGAAGCAGCUCCUGAACCUCCUGUGCCGAUCAGAAGCAGCCAUGGUGAAGCACCACACUCUGUACAUCAACCUUAUCUCCAUCCUGUAUCACCAGCUUGGUGAGAUCCCCGCUGACUUCUUUAUGGACAUUGUCUCCCAGGACAACUUCCUUACCAGCACCUUACAGGUUUUUUUUUCUUCAGCCUGCAGCAUUGCUGUGGAUCCCACCCUGAGGAAGAAAGCUGAAAAGUUCCAAGCCCAUGUGACCAAGAAGUUUCCGUGGGACUUUGCCUCAGAGCCUGAGGACUGUGCCCCGGUGAUGGUGGAGCUCCCCGAAGGCAUCGAAACUGGCUAACUCUGCAAACACACGAGCUGUGAGAGGCCCCUUCCCAGUGAAU